CUAAAACAUCAUCCAGGUCGUGCCCGCCUGUUUCAUGGGGAAGCGCCGCUCCCUGCCAUUGGGUUAGAGCCGAAGAGUCCCACUCUCGGUCGGCCGUCGGCGUCGGCGUCGGCGUCGGGACCUCCCCCCUCUCAGCCAACAUCCAUAUGUCGUCUGCUAUUCAACAAUCAAGGCCCUGGUAGAGGCAAUGAGGCCGGCAGUGUGGGCACGACUUUUGCACGUCGGAAAAAAAUACCCGCCCGCCUGCUGUACUUCCGUGGGGUUUGAGUUUCUGGAUUCUCUGGUUCUCUUGGUUGAUUUCUUACACGUCUUGGGCUGUGCGCACAGUACUACUGCCUCGUCGUGGACCAGCGUUGUGACAAGCAAACCGUCGCCGACUGUGCGGUUGGCCAAGCCGGUGUCUCAGCCCACACAUCAACACAGGCCCUUGACCGAUUUCCAGUCUGAAAGAGGACAGAUCAGCCCCAGGGUCCUCACGCUACAACCCCCCCAUCCGAUCCUCUGCUCGACGACAUCGAGUUGGGUUGACACGCGACGUGUUACGCACUAGAUGCACCUCGCCUUCUCCCGCCCAAUGCCAACGCCCCUUUCGCUGAUGACCCCUCACGAUCCCAAGGGCCACGGCCGCAAAAGUUGGGAGGAUGCUAGGGGCAGAACUGAAUUCAGACGGCUGGGUGCCUCCCACUCGCCAAAGUGUCUGUUCUCGCCGCAGAUCACGGCCGAGAAAAAGCUCCUAAUGGUCAGCCCGUCGCUCACCCGUCAGUCAUCCGGACUCGGUUGAUGCAGAGAACCAGUGCCUUGUUGUCGUCGCGGUCGAAUCAAAUGUGUCUGAUGACGACUCAAUCACCUGGCCAGAACCGACUGACUGAGACUUGACGACGGGUGAGAUGGAACUGCUCAACGGUCGCCCGCUGUCAAGUCCCACCCAGGUUAGAAAGGGGGCCUUCGGCGUGAGCGGCCAGUCGCGCCCGCCACGCACCGCCGCAGAUGGUGCUGCGCAGUGGUGGGAUGAGACUAUCACCACAGUACGCAGCCAGGCCGUGUGUGGCAGGAGCAGGAGGAGCCAGCGGAUCCUCUGGGCAGCAGCGACGGUGACGUUGUGUUUCCUCCCGAGGAACCGAGAAGUCAAGCGGUUUCCGGCCCCAGGAUCCACUGCACAUCACACCGAUCGGAGCAAAUCCCAGGGCCUUCCGGGUCUCAGCUGCGCGCCUGUCAACCGGCACGAAGGUCCCGUCAAGGCUGAGAUCGUUUCUCGUCCCCGCGCCCGGGCUCAAAAUCGUCAGUUUUGUCUGUCGCAUCUGCUGGCUGCCGCUGCCGCGGUGCUGUGCGGGUCCCGUGUCGCUGGUAAGCUUGUUAUGCAGCGACCGCACCCACAUCGCGUGGACAACCUUAUCGGCGCUCAGAUCUUUGACUGCUACACAUGCCUGGUUGAUAUCCGCCCCUACCCAACUGUCAGGACUGUCAGGACUGUCAGUCUGUGACACUCUGCACAGAUACUUACCAUUUCCUGGCCGUCACCUUCAAGCAAGCCAUGCCCAUCGCCUCCACGAGACAUGGGGAAGAAUGUGACCACACCUGAGGGUUCGGGUUCGGAAUCGGAUGCUGCUGAGUCUGAAAUGCUGUAAUAAGUAGGACGAACUGCAUGAAUUGUGACUGAGUGCAAGGCAGCACCCUGACACUUUCCUUCUUAUGAGACCUGGCUUGGUAAUAGUUGACGCUGGUGGAAACCUUACGAUCGACAGGUGUUACUGGUAAGGCGAUGAUCCAGACUCAAAGAAACCCCCUCGACAUGCCAGGCACACCACGCCGGCCCCGCCAAUAGACCAGACAUUGCAGGGGCCUCGAGACGGGCGCCAAUUGAGCUCCCUGCAGCUGCAGGUCGACGCAACACGCAGCAGGCGAAUGCCUCCGUCGUAUUCAAUGCCUUUCUUUGCCAUGUCUUGCCGCAUUUCCGUAACGCCGUGUGACGCCCGCUGCGGAAGCUAUCGCCUGCAUCAUUCAGCGCCAGUGCCUUUGCGUGAGGCUCUCUUUGGCAAUUAAGUUGUGUGAUGCCGUGACCAAGGGCGACGGGCUACCCACAGAGAGGAAGACGAAGACUAGGACACCUUGGCAGACAGGACACUGUGUGUGUGUGGCUUUACUGUCAGACACGUCGACAGCCAGUCGACAACUCGACUGGUCCCGUCCCAGCCAGCCUCAACCGGAUCGAGCUGCCGCCUACCAUCAUCAUCAACAACAACAUCAACAUCAACAGCAUCCACAUCUUUCUCUUCACCCCUAUACUUCUCCCUCCUCCGCUUUCUUCUCAUCUCCGCCGGUAGACCCUGCUUGACCCGGUCAGCGUGACUGUCGACCAGGCAAGCUACUAGCCACUUCCUCUACCAUCGGACAAGACCAACACCACCGUGUUUGAGUCGGGGCUGAUCUCGUUGUCGAUCACAUCCCCCUUCCGCCUCAGUCCGUAGCGGCGCCGAGGAGCCCGCGCCCACUCACAACGGGGUCUAAGCUAGCUCUGGCCUCGAAUUGCCUCUUGUGUCUUCCCCAAAGCGGCUGUCCCUCCAGUCCCCGUUCUUGUUUAGGCAAGGCCAAACAGAACAUCAUGUUUGGCACUCUCUCACACAUCAUCCCCCCGGUGCCUCCGCCGCCAGAGGGCCCACCCAAGGAUGUUCCAGCACCCACCCCCAUCGACCUGCCGCAGUGCCGGCCAAGGGCGUCCGAGGGCCGAUCAGGUGACUCGGAAGCCACGCCGGCACCACAUCUAACGUCCAUCCUGCAGAGUCUGGUACGCCCGCCAGAUCAGGUGGCUGUCGCGCACCUCGAGGCCCUCGGUGUCGAUGUGACCGCAGAUGUGUCGCCCGCCGACCUCGUGCCGGACCCUUCGUGUCUGCCAGACUUUGACCGGUGGGACGCCUUGUCUCGUGAGGAGGCGCACAAUAGUGACUCCGAGUCACGUCCAACAUUGGAAAACGGUAAGCUGGCGUCCGGGCCGCUCAAGUACGUCGACCUCCGGGAGGGCCUGGCCACCGACAACGACAGGGCAUUCCGGGCCGUGAGGAGGGUUGCCCCCAAGCCUGGGGAGCAGUAUGUCCGGCUCGGGUACUGCCACGAGUUCUUCCGACAUCUCGAGUCUUUGACUGGCUUCUGGGAUGACACCUCGAAGCCAAUGCCCUCCGAGCCCCCCGGCGACGAGCCCGCCGAGGGCAGCCAGGAGAACUACGGUUGGUAUCGCACGAGUGCCGGCACCUCCAUGCCCCCUCAGUAUCGCACACAGCUGCUCACGUCGUUCCUAAAGUUGAUCAUCUACGAUUUCUCGUGUAAUGUCAUGUCACGGCAGGAGCCACGCCUGUACAUCAAGUCACCCGCCGCCCAGUCCCAGCCCGGCUCACCCGCCCCGUCCCGGCGUCACUCGUACUUCUCAUCCGGCUGCAACUUCAUAUUCCGCAUGCCCACGGACCGCGAAUCCGCCAGGCGCGGCAUCGUCGAGGGCCCCAUCGCCGCGGUCAGCCCGCGGCACACGACCGUGUUCCCGCCGCACGGCCGCGAGCGCGAGUCGGUCAUCGACCUCUCGCGGGAGGUCGUCGCAGCGCUGAUCACCGCGCAGCACCGCGCGCGCGAGGGCCGUACGGAGGAGCGGCCCGGCAAGGGCGCCUGGUGGACGACGAGGCCGCGCUGGGGCGGCGGUCCCGGCGGCCCCAUCGGCAAGGAGGCCGAGGCCCUCGAGGCCAGGGACGCGUCCGCCGUCCUGGUCGGCGACAAGGACGAGCGCCCCAUGGAUCUGGGGCACUCCGUGGCGGCCGAGGGCGACCUCGGUGCUGUCGGCGGCGGCACGCGGCCUAACGGGCCUAUUGUCAGCCCGCGGCAGUACAUGAUGAUGCCGCCACCGCCGAGGUCGUCGUCCCGGGGCGCCACCAGCCAGCAGCAGCCACAAUCCAAGCGCCCUCGGAAGGGCCUCGCCGUAUACGACGCGUACAGGAUGGUGCGGCCGCCCGCGAUGCACUGGGACCCCAAGACGCGGUACACGCCCGUGGGGCGGCGGCGGGGGCUCGACUACGACGACGUCUUCGUAAUCUCGUCCCUGUUCCACCACGUCUCAGUCCUGCGCGUCAGGGUCCCCGACCGCCUGCUGCAGGUGCUGGACGGCGCCCCGACCCCGGCCGGCAGGGACUGGGGCCCCGUGAAGGUCUGGCGGACGCGGUGGCUUGACUUCUUCGUCCCCGAGGACAGGGUCGAGGCCAUGAAGGCCGUCUGGGCCGUGGCUGCUUAUGCGAUGAGGGCUGUGGGCGAUGGGGAUGCGGGCGGGGGCAUGGAUGUUGAUCAGCCUGGGGCGUAGGGAAUGAUACCUUUGCCAUGCAUUGACUUGAGUCGACUGCCCUUUCAUCAACAUGAGGAUCUCGGCAGUUGUUCGUGAUGGCCGGCUGCCUUAGGUGGCAGCUUGGCCAAGUUGAUGGCGGCCUUGCAUCUUGACGGGACAGGGGUGACGAAACUUGGCGGGGGUUUCGGAGAUAGUGGCUGGCAUGUUUAAGGGCGGUAGACUUGCCGAAGGGCGGAUAGAACACGGGAUAUACAGGACGGCAAUUGCAUUGGCCAUUCAGGCGA